AUGACGUCAUGCGCCGCGACGACGGCGAUUGCACAAGUGGAAGAAGAAGAGGUCUCUAUCGAGCGCGAUAUUAAAGACAUUUCUCAGGUGUCGAAAUUCCACGGGAAGGGACGAACCGGGAUGGUGACCAGAAAAUUCCGCCCUUCCCCCUGUUCUCUCCUGCUUCUGUUGCUGACUUCGGAUCCGUGCUUGGGAGACAAACUUCCUCAAGGUUCACAGACAGCUCUCAACGGCUUCAACGGAGCACAAGGAAACGGAUUCAGUAAUGGAGACAUUUAUACCCAACAAGCGACCGACUUGAACAACGGAGCCUCGUAUCCUCAGCCACAAGUCAACGGUCUCACCGAUGGAGGUCAAUAUGCAGGCAAUGGCGUUUCAUCUAACGAUGAAUCCGCUCAUCACGACGACGGCGGAUGGUUCGAUGGAAUUCCCGGAGAACCUGGAGUGGAUUUCCCUCUUCUGGCUCAAGUUCCAGAGACUUCCUUCUCCUGCAAAGAGCAGCAGCAUCCAGGACCUCGACGACUCAUCAGUCAUCGAGUGGCUCCAACGAUGAUGUCACUUGAUGUCAUUACCUUGCUCACUGCUCACCUUGCUCAUUUACCUCGACUCACUGGCUCGCAUACGGCAUUCCACGUAUGCAAGGAGGACGGGAUGAUGCUGGGGUUCCUGUGCCCCAACGGAACCCUCUUUAAUCAGCAGACCUUCAUUUGCGAUUGGUGGAAUAACGUCGACUGUGAAUCGUCUUCCAACUUCUUUCAACUCAAUUCCAUGAUUGGGGAAGUUCCCAUUCAACAGAUCCUCACCACCGUAUACGGAUCCCAACAGGAUUCCAAUUCCAUAUACGGGUCUCAACAGGAUUCCUAUCAGUCGGCGAGUGCUGCCCUAGACGAGAAUAUCGUCUAUCCACCAGUUAACGGGGCUGGUAAUGGGAAUGGCAACGGUAAUGGUAAUGGUGAAGUUUUCGCUGCACAGGAGAGCGGUUAUGCUGCUUCCAGGAACAGCAGAGGAACUGGAUUCAAUGGAAGAAACGGAUAUCGUACCUCUCAGAACGGUAACUUGAAUGGCUUUGGCAACACCAACGGUAAUGGAAAGGGCAUCUCAUCGGGAUAUCGCACUUCUCAGAGUGGUGGCUUGAAUGGGUCUUCGUAUGGUGCUCCAAAGAACGGCCAAAAUGGACACCAGAAUGGAUUUGGAAAUGGAAACGUAGCCAGUCCGUCUCUUGGGGUUUCAGAAAAUGGUAACAGGAAUGGAUAUCGCAAUGGGAAUGGGAACGUCCCCAGUUCUUCCUAUACCACUCAUAGGAAUGGAGGACUGAAUGGAUUUGGAAACGGGAACGGCAACCAGCCACGCUCUUCAUACGAUUCACAGCAGAAUGGCAACCUGAAUGGAUUUGAAAACGAGGACACCCUCAUAAGUUCAUCUUAUGGCGUCCCCCAAAAUGACGACUUUAACGGUUUUGGAACUGUGACCGGCAGCGGUCCAUCAGGCGAUGGCGUCGAUCCAUCUGCUCCAAGUACGUCCUAUGGUGUCCCGCAAGGAGACCAAGAUGAAUACGGCACCGAGAACGGGAACGGUCAAAUACCACCUUCGUCGUAUGGGGCACCUCAGAACGGAAACCACAAUGGAUUCGGAAGUGGAAAUGGAAACGUUCCGAGUUCGUCUUACGGACCUCCACGAAAUGGAAAUUCGAAUGGGUUCGCUAAUGGUAACGGUCAUAGUUCAUCUCUGAAUGGUUUUACAAACGGAAAAGGAACAAGCCCAAGUUCGUCAUAUGGUGCUCCACAGAACGGAAAUGUCAACGGAUUCGCAAACGUCAAUGGUAACGGUCCAUCAUCAAGGUAUAGCUCAAACGGAAACGUGAAUGGAUUCGGGAAUGGGAACGGAAAAGUGCCGAGCAAUGGAGCAUCUUCUAAUGGUAAUCUGAAUGGGUUCCAAAAUGGAAAUGAACAUUUUCAGAGUACUCCACUGAAUGGAAAACCAAAUGGCUUUGGAAACGGGAAUGGAAAGCCAAUUUCACCGUAUAAAAAGGUGAACGGAUUCCAGAAUGGACAUGGAAACGGAAACGGGGCAUCAUCCUUCGCCAAUGGUGCGGGGACAUCUGUGAGUACUACCUUUGGAGCUCCUCAGAACGGCGGGAAUGGCGUCUCUUCGAAUUUCGAUGCUCCGCAGAAUGGAUUUGGUGGUGGAAUCAGCAACGGCGUGACUUCAUCUUACAGUACUUCUCAAUCGCAACAUUCAAAUGGUUUCGCAAAUGGGAAUGGUAACGGUGCUUCGUCAUUCAGCCAUGGUGCUUCCACCUCUCCCAGCACCUUGUAUGGUGCACCCCAGGGCAGUCACGGGAAUGGGUUUUCCUCAACCAAUGGUGUACCUAAAAAUGGAUUUCGGAAUGGAAACGGAAACGGGAACGGAAACGGCCAUGUUGCAUCGACACCAAGUGCUACCUAUGGUGCACCCCAGAUAGGUACUAGGAAUGGUAUUUCUUCGACCUUAGGUGGAUCUUAUAACGGUAACGGAGCAUCAUCAUUCAACAACGGUUCACCCACCACUCCAAGCACCAAUUACGGUGCACCACAGAGCAGUAACGGAAAUGGUUUCUCCUCGACCUUCGGCCCACCACAGAGCAGUAACGGAAAUGGUGUCUCUUCGACCUUCGGUCCAUCCCAUUCCAGCAACGGGAACGGUGUCUCCUCGACCUAUAGUGGAUUUGGAAAUGGAAAUGGGAACGAAUUCAUCGCAUCGACCACUCCAAGUACCGUAAAUGGUUCGUUCCAGAACGGCAACGGCGCCUACUCUUCUGGUACAUCCCACAGGAAAAAUGGCAGCAAUGGAAAGCAACUGGUGGCCAUCAGGCCAUUGUCUCAACCGAGGAAUGGGAACGGGAAUGGGAACGGCUACAACGGCAGUUCUACACCCUCCUACGGUUAA